UGAUGAUCAUCUGGUGAAGAUAUAAAGGGGAAAUUGAAAGACAGCAAAUUAUAUCCACAUUUUCCCUCCCAGCUCCUUGUCUAAAGCUGUAGUGCCAGAGGAGCACAGGGGGUUGGUUCUCAGUGUCCAGCCAUGGCUUUUGGUAUCACUUUGUGGGUUUCCUGGAUUUCUUUGCUCUUUAGAUGCACUUGUGUUUCAGCUGGAAAUGGGGUUCAAUAUCGGCCUGCGCAUGCUGCAACAAACCUUAUGGAUGAUGGGCAUGAAGACCGCUUUCACACCUUGUCUUUUGAUGAGGGAAAUUUUGAUGAAGAGGCUUCAAAUAACCAGCCAACUUCAACUUUCCAUGCCAGCUUCAACAAACCCUCAGUAAGAGAUCCACUGCACAUGGUCCCAUCUGGACAAAGAUUCCCUGAAUAUCAAACUUUUCCAAACAUGGCAAUAUUUGGUGGAGAGUCCAAUCUUGUAGAGCCAAUCACAUUUCCUUUAAACCAAGGCAACCAGAUGGUUGGUCUGACACCACCCAAGCCAGCUUUUGUUCUACCUCAGGCGAACCCUUAUGAUGCCUACAGUGGCCCUAGUGGAACUGGUUCUGCUGGCCCGUUGACACACUUCAAGCCAAGCCUCACUUCCACCACUUUGUCCUUGCCUCCUCCUAAAGUUCAACCUGCCAGUCCUGGAAGUGGUGAAACAGCAAUGUCAGUUGUUUAUUACCAACAGCCUGACACUGUAUCCAGUCCAAGCAACUUUGAUACAAAUGAAAACUCAGAUCAAUUCUUUGAAGAAGUCUUAAACUUUAAUACAGGUUACACAGGGCCCCAAUCUGCAAGUGAUUCAAAGCCACUACAAUAUUUUCCCUCCUAUCCGUCAAAGCCUUCAAAACCUUCUCAACGCUACCCAUCUGUGGAUACUGGCAGGUGGUAUAGUGAGAGUAAUGAUGUUAAUGGACCAUGGAUUGGAGGUGUACUACAAAAGAAGCUCCCAAUGAGGCAUUUCUUAAAUUCUGCUAAACCACAAAGUCCUGGUCAGAGCAACUCCAUUAACCCUGGAUCAUCUGGCUAUGCCACCCCAACAUGGAAAGCUGAUGAUGAAGACUGGAUGUUUUCCUUUUUUCCUAAAGUCUUUGAAAAUCAAAACUUUGACUUUCUUCAUUCAAGCUACCAGCCACAAAACUCUGCCAGCGAUCAGAUGGACACGGUUUCUAAGGUCUACCAACCUGCCAGAAGCUCAAAGCCUCUUAAAAAACGGAUUGUCCACUCUAAAAACGGCUACAAAAGGGGAAGGUUUGUCAUGUCUAAGACUGCUUACACUCCAGAAUACCAAACAGCACCAGUCCAGGACACCAUGGUUUUGCCACCCUUUCAAAGACGACCAAGAAAACGACCAACGGGCAUCAAAAUCUGAAGAAUUUACAAGAAACUUGUCAAACCUGAAAGUAUUCAUGAUCUUUAUGUGGCAAUUUGUAAACUGAAAUUAUUUUGCAGGUUGUUAUUGAGGUUUCUUCUGAGAAGGAAAAUAAAAUUGUGCUCUACCAAAAAU